AUGGCCAACAAAUAUUUGUUGUGCCUCUUGAUAUUAUGUGUAGCUAUUAAUACAGUUUACGCGAAAUUUGGACGUAGUGGUGGAAGGUCUUCGAGCAGAUCUUCAGGAUGGGGGCGAGGUAGUUCGUCAAGAUCAUCUUCUUCCAGCUGGGGAUGGAGUAAACCGUCUAGUUCAAGCUCCAGUCACUCGUAUCCGUCAUCUUCUGGAUAUUCAGGGUCGCAUUCCAGUUCACAUAGCUAUCCUUCUUCAACUGGAUUGUCAGGGUCCAGUUCAGGAAGAGGAAAUUCUCCGAGUUAUCCUUGGUCUACUGGCUUAUCUGGAUCGGGAUCUGGAUCAAGUUACCCGUUUUCGACAAACAACUUUGGAUCAGGACCAAAAAGUAAUUCCCCGAGCUAUCCCUGGUCAACUGGAUUAUCUGGUUCAGGAUCAAGUAGUAAAUACCCAGCUUCAACUGGAUUAUCUGGCUCAGGGUCAAAGAGUAAUUUGCCAAACUAUCCCUGGUCUACUGGCUUGUCUGGCUCCGGAUCAAGUGGUACCUCCAUCAAUAAAUAUACCCCAUCGACUAGUUUAUCUGGAUCGGGGUCAAAUAAUAAAUACUCAGGCUCUACGAGUGUUGUACACAACUAUCCUUCAUCGUCAACUGGUCUUUCAGGAUCCGCUACGUCAAGACACAACACGAAUUACAAUACACCCACGAAUCAUUAUAGUAAUUCAAAUCAUAAUACUAAUUCAGGCUUUAAGCCAACAUACAGAGCUCCGUCAUACAGCAGUGGAACCUAUGGCAGCAAUCAUUAUAUUCCAACCUACUAUUCUGCGCCUCAACAUGUAUAUAUUACACAGUAUAGGGAUUCAGGCAGUCGCUAUAAUGACUUACUGACUGGCUUAACACUAUACAACUUAGGACGGUCACAUUCACAUUAUCACCAUCAUUAUUAUAACGAUGACUACUACAGACAACGAUAUCAUGGAAGUUCAAGCCCUUAUGAGUCGACAAAAGGCGAAGCUUAUUGCCUUUUAAGAAUUAAGGAGCAGGGAAAAAUUGAGGAACUAAAAAUACCCUGUGAAAUCGUAUCAACAUUUACAGAAGAUAGUAAAAAAGUAGCAAAAGAAACGAUUACGUCAGAACAAAUAGUCUGUCAAAAUAUAACGUCAAGUCAACAAUCAGUUGUUUCAAGUGAAACUCUUACAACAGAGUCUAGUUUAUCUGUAAUACCUAUAAAGGAAUCAAACAAUGUCAACAUUACAGAAAACAAUCCAAUAACAACCAAUAAUUCAUCUACGAAUGUAUUGUCUCAAAAUGGUACUCUUUUAAAUGAUACAACUAGAGCUCUUCAAAAAAGUACGCCAACAUUACCGCCAUCAGAAAAUAAUUCUAGUUUAAUUACCAAUGUAACUCGGCCUGUAAACAUCACUGACAAUACGAAUGGUACACGGUUCGAUCAAAACAGUACAGUUCCAAAUAUUAACAAUAUCACAAGUCCUGCUAUAGUAAACAACACUUUAUCCUCAAAUGGAUCUGAGCUUAUAACAGGAAAUAUAUCAGUAACCACAGAAACAAAUAACAAUACUGUGUUAUCAUCAACUGCCAAACCAAACGUAAUGACUGAAGUAAAGAUCAUCAACUCCACAUGUACAACAGUUAGAAAAACAGAAUUAAAAGACCCAUUAACAAUAAAGGGUCCACCGCCAAACCCAACAAACAUGGAAUGUGAAGUAGAAAUAGUUACGAGAGACCAUAGACUAAAAUCUAAAGUGAAUUGUCUCACUUUAUUGGAGUACUCCAGAAUGCCUGUACCAAAGAAGGAACCAGGAAUCUUGCCACCUAGAGAGAAGCUAAAGUCCUGGUUAUCGAAGCCACCAUGGUGGAUGUCAAUGUUCAUCGCUGUAUAG